UUGAAAAGACUUUUCAACUGGAAUUCUAAGGUACAUUCUCAGUUAUGGAUGGGCAAUCAUAUGACCAUUUGGUGGAAGGAGAGCGAGAGCCCUAUCAGAUUGACUAUCGCAGGAUUGUAGGGGAUACAGAGCCAGCCAAGUUUCGAUUAUCUACCAGGGAGAGUGACCAUCAUUUUCAUGGAUCACCUCUGCAUGGUCACCUGCACGGACAUGGCCAUGAAACUGCCGCCCAACGGUACAGUGCCACUCGAAUACAAGCUGGAUAUGAACCUGAAAGCAUGGCUGACUACUUGAUUAGUGGAGGCACAGGCUACGUACCUGACGAUGGUCUCACCGCGCAACAGCUCUUUGCAAUUGGCGACGGGCUCACGUACAAUGACUUCUUGAUCCUCCCUGGCUUUAUUGACUUUACUGCUGAUGAAGUGGAUUUAACCUCAGCUCUUACACGAAAAAUUACCCUAAAAACACCUUUGAUUUCCUCUCCCAUGGACACUGUUACUGAAUCCUGCAUGGCAAUCGCUAUGGCACUAAUGGGGGGCAUUGGAAUCAUUCAUCACAAUUGUACUCCAGAGUUUCAGGCUAAUGAAGUUCGUAAAGUUAAGAAAUUUGAACAAGGGUUUAUUACUGAUCCUGUGGUAAUGAGUCCACGCCACACUGUGGGAGAUGUCUUUGAGGCCAAAAUUCGACAUGGGUUUUCUGGAAUUCCAAUAACAGAGACUGGGAAAAUGGGUAGCAAACUUGUAGGCAUUGUCACUUCACGUGAUAUUGAUUUUUUGACUGAGAAAGAUUAUGACACUUCACUGAAUGAGGUUAUGACAAAGCGUGAAGAUUUGGUUGUUGCUCCUGCUGGGGUAACACUUAAAGAAGCGAAUGAAAUUCUUCAACGAAGCAAGAAGGGAUUUUGGAGCACAUGGACCAAUGAUCCCAUUGCCUAUCCUAGCCAGGUGAUUAGCAACAAGACAUCAGGCAUUAGAGGAAAACUUCCAAUUGUAAAUGAUAGUGAUGAAUUAAUUUCAAUAAUUGCUCGGACUGACCUAAAGAAGAACCGUGAUUAUCCUUUGGCAUCCAAAGACUCUCGGAAACAACUUUUGUGUGGGGCAGCUAUUGGCACUCGUGAAGAUGAUAAAUACAGACUUGACUUGCUGAUGCAGGCUGGAGUUGAUGUGAUAGUUCUAGACUCAUCACAGGGUAAUUCAGUUUACCAGAUUAAUAUGAUACAUUAUAUCAAACAAAAAUAUCCAGAACUUCAAGUUAUUGGAGGGAAUGUGGUCACAGCAGCUCAAGCUAAAAAUUUAAUUGAUGCUGGUGCAGAUGCUCUAAGAGUUGGAAUGGGCUGUGGUUCUAUAUGUAUUACUCAGGAAGUUAUGGCAUGUGGUCGGCCACAGGGCACAGCUGUGUACAAAGUUGCAGAAUACGCUCGACGAUUUGGCGUUCCAGUCAUUGCCGACGGUGGAAUUCAAACUGUAGGACACGUUGUCAAGGCACUUUCUCUGGGGGCAUCAACCGCAAUGAUGGGCUCCUUAUUGGCUGCAACAACAGAGGCUCCGGGAGAGUACUUCUUCUCUGAUGGAGUUCGCUUGAAAAAAUACCGUGGAAUGGGAUCCCUUGAUGCUAUGGAGAAAAACAGUAGCAGUCAGAAAAGAUAUUUCAGUGAAGGGGACAAGGUAAAAGUUGCCCAGGGGGUUUCAGGAUCAGUUCAGGACAAAGGAUCUAUUCACAAAUUUGUUCCUUACCUGAUUGCUGGAAUUCAGCAUGGUUGUCAAGACAUUGGAGCCAAAAGCCUUUCUAUUCUGCGAUCCAUGAUGUAUUCUGGGGAGUUGAAAUUUGAAAAGAGGACAAUGUCUGCUCAAGUAGAGGGAGGUGUACAUGGACUUCAUUCAUACUCUUUUGUGCCAUUUAUGAGAAGCGCCUGUAUUGAAGGAGGAGGCAAAAGCCAGUUGCGGGUGGCUCCCUGCGUCCCAACUCCAGUGGCAACCAAACACAGUGGAUAAAUCUGGAAACUGCCGACCUGCACACUUAAUUGUGUUUCAAUCAUCUAACCUGAAGUUUACCAGUUCAUGACAUGAAAAAAUUGCACUACCAAUAAAGUAUAUCAGGGCUUAAACUAAUAUAGGUUUAAAGAAAAAAAUAAGACUUUGAUCACUUGUACAGUUUGUUAUCGAGGAUGGCGUUUGUGCAAACUGAGCUAAUAUGAAGCAUGAUAAAAUAAGUGCUUAUGUGGAGUAAUGCACUAAUCCUGUCAGAGUGCACUGUGGCAAGUCUCAAAGUAAAGGACCUUUAAAUCUUUGAGAUGCUAAAUAGUGAAAAAUAAUAUCACACUAGUUUCCAUGUCUUGUGGCAGUGCAGCAUUGUGUUAGCUAGUGAACUGCACAAGAAAGUCUCCUGGACUGUCAUCAUUUAUUACUUCUUUUCUAAUAAGAGGCAGAAAGACCAAGUUAGUGCCCCGUCUGUUUACUGAUCACAUAGUAAAGAGUUAAGCCAGAUUAUAAUUGAUAACCAAAUUCACAAUAAAAAUAUGAAGUUAAGUAGGAGGAGGGGGGAGAUAUCACAUGGAACGGAAAAAGAGACUUUUAUUUUAUUUAUAUAUAUAUAUAUAUAUAUAUAUAUAUAUAUAUGCACGCAAGAUACAAGUAUUACAAGUAAAGGCACUAUUUUAGUUAUCAGAAAGUACAACUUAGUAUUUGCUUUUGCCAUUUUUCAUUUACGCCAUGUAUUUUUUUUUUUUUUUUUUAUGCGUUAAACAUGUCCUGUUACUCAUUAAAUAAAAUGUGUUAUCCUGUUUUUUAGCAGGUUUUGAUUUACAGGGGACCAAAAGCUAUGGUAGCCAAAAAAUCAGGGAUAUAUUCCACCAAGAGAGCCUUAUAAUGAGUGUGUAGUACUGAUUCUUAUUGCUUAUGUGGCAGUAGUUCACGGUGAACUGGAUUUAAAAUUCUUAACACAUACCAAGAUUUAAAUAAGUUAUGAUUUUUUGGGGUUGGGGGGGAUUGGGGUUCAGUCAAUAGUAAAGUUUUUUGUUCCUGUUUAAUUUUCAUAUUUUUAGAAGUACUUUUAUUUAUACAGGGUAAUGCAGCGUUAUGGCAUGCUUUUCAUGGUUGGGGCAUUUUGCAUAUAUUCCAUAAACUAGUUUGAGAAGGGUCAUAAAUGUUUUCAUUUUACUAUAGGUUCUUUUUUUUCCUUUCUUUUUUUACUAGCCCAUUUUCCUUUAUUAAUGUUUACAAUAUUGUUGUGAAUAUAUUUUGAUGCAGUUACGAUGCUAUUCAGUUUCCUGUUUUUUAUUUGUAAUAGUGCUAUUAUGUACUGAUGGUAGUUUUGCUAGUGUACAGAACUAUUACAAAAUUAAGAUACAGAGGUUACAAUGUAUGUGCUGCUAUGUUUUAAUAUUGCCUUGUACAGUAGGUUUUUAUUUAGAUGGAUUGACUGUUAAAGAAUGAUGCAAAGCAUUUUGUCUUCAAAGGUACAUAUAUUUUUUAUGUACAAGUUAAAAAUACUAAAGAUCUAGAAUGGCACUGUUCAGAUGUUUGAAAGUGUUACUGUGAGCUAUUUAUUUCUAUUUUUAAAAAAUAUCUAGAAUUAAAUGUAUACUUAUGUAAUAUUAUACCUAAAACACUGUAGAAAUGGAAACUGCUUUAUAUGUGAUGCCAUUUUCUUAAACUUUUUCACUGUAAAAGUAAACUUUGCAUUCUUACAGGUGUAAUCACUUUAAAAAGCUUUCUGUAUGUUGGUAAAUGUAAAGUUGCUCUUCCUGUUUAUUCUUCUGUGAAAAAUAUAAAUUUAAAGCAAAAUGAAAAACAGUGCAGGCAAAAGGAAUGAAGACCUUCUCCAGACUAUCCCUCAUUAUUGUUUGUUUCAGUUGGCAGUCUACAGUCUUAUAUAAUAUUACAAAAGCAAUAUUUGUAUUUUCCAAAAUAACUACAGUGUAACAUUAUAUUCUAACUAAAAGGAAGAAAAUUCCUGUGUUGUGUUUACUGGUGCCAGAUAUGGUCCCGUAACCAUUUACUUAAUGGAAUUGUGUGAGUUCAGAAAAAAAAAGAAUAAAUAAAACAACAACCUUUCAAAUCCUAUUUUCUAAAAGGUUUUCUUUAACUCGGUUUUUUAAGCUUUUGUUUACAUUUUCAGAGCAGGUAUAUUUAAACUAAAUAUGUACUUCAUUUUCUGUAAUAAAGUAUGGAGUUAUUGUAUUAAGAAUUACUGCCAGAAUGGAAUAUGUUACACUACAUCUAGUGAGUAUGUCAUGUGAAUUAAUGCAUCUGCGUUUUCUCACCCUUUUCUUACGAUGUUCACAAAGUCAACUUGUGCUCCAUUUGGUCUAAUUAGUUCUCAUUUAAAGGUUGCUUUCAUGCUGGAAUAUUUUAAAUAUCUAAUUGAUUACUCCAGUCUCCCUCUUUUCUUUUUUAAUUAAAUCAUAAUUGGUUACAUUUAUGUUACAAGAAGGGCCCUUGCUAUUACUUGAUGUUAAGAAAAAUCUCUUAAUAUACAUUCAGAUUUGCUGUUUUUUAUUUUUGCAGAUGCUUAACAAUGACAGUUUCUUUGUAAUGAAUUUGCAAAUAGUUUAUUAUAAUUUAAUGUUUUCCUUUUUCUUUGGUAUAAUAGCUAAGUAGCACAAAACAGUAAAUGUAAACAAUAUGGUUACUGUGAUCUUCAUCAUUUUUACAUUGUAGCAUUACCUUUUUGAAUUAUUACAUUGUACUCUUUUUAAAAUGCAUAAAAGUGGUGGGAAAAAUAUCUUUGUGUAAUACUUUUU